CGAUAGUGUGUAAAUUGGUAUCUAUCCUGGGGACCAUUCUUGGCUAUAUGACGUAUCGUCCCAACGACCUGGACAACAACAUCUCGGUACAGACAACAGAUAGUCGUGGACCACUUUCGCUCACUGUAAACGAUGAUCGACCGCCAGACGAAAUGACCAGAUCAUUUGAGGUCGACAACUGAAG